AUGAAGACACUUUCCCGAUUGAUCCCACCAGGCACGGUUUAUGACGCGACUCGCCUUAAUCAGUUAGCGGCGGACAUUGUCGGGCUCACGUUCCACAAAUCCAGCGGAUCCGCAGGGAAUGUCACGCAUCGUGUAACUUUAGUGCGAGUUUUGAACUUUGCACGACUGCUGCUGACGGAGUUGGUUGCGUUGGUGGUGUACAGCAGCUUGCCACAGUGGGCGCAACCGCGUGGGUCCUUCAUUUUGGAUUAUGGACCGCGGAUAUGUUUGGCAUUGACCGCUUUUAGUUUGAUUGUGGUGACCAUUUUGGAUGCGGCGAAGUAUCUGGAGAAUGCUGAAAUAUUUGGAAAACUUCAUCGCGUUGAUGAAAAGUUAAAGGUUCUGCUCAAGAGUCAACCGGAUCAUGAUGCCCAGCGGAGGGAUAUCUGGAUAGCUUCAGCCGUUGCAACCGCCUGUUUACUCUUGCUACUCAUCGUUACACCAAUUAUUCUCGUUUCAGAGGUUGGCAGCGUAACAAAUGCAUUACUUAAUGCAGUAUUAACACUGCUGUUUAACACUGCGUACGCAAUUGUCUACGGAAACUACAUGAUCAAGAGUUACCUCGUGACGAAACGGUUCCAGCAGGUCAACCAACUCCUUGAAUCUCGAUUGAACACCUCAAAUCGACGAAGCUUCAUCUGGGUACGGGAACUUCUCGCCAAAAAUGCCAACGAAGCUGACUUCGUCCAAGAACUUUCCGAAAUCCACGCAGAACUACACCAAACCGUCGAUCUCCUCAGCGAAUACCAGUGGAUCCAGAUCAUCCUGAUCUCGGCGGUCGUGAUCGGUUUUACAACCUUCAACAUCUUCUCCGUGUACCGGAUGCUGUGGACAGGGAACUCAAGUCAGUUCGGAGUGUUGGUGCAGGGAUGUCUGUGGAAUGUGUACUACAUAGGUCUUCUGGUUGCGCUGCUCGUUCGGUGUAGUCUGGUUGGAUGGGAGGGCAGCAAAACGAGCAAGUUGAUCUACAAGGCGUUGAAUAACUCGAAGGAUCAUCGAACGGUUGCCAGUUUGAGGAGUUUCGCCAGACAGCUUUAUGGGGUGCCAGUUUGCGUGAAGCUUUACUUCUAUGAUGCUGAUUUUGGGACGUUAUUUUCGCUGAGUGAACAGCAGUGA